AUGUACGCUAAAAUUGAGACGGAACGUCUUAUGUACAUUCAUCACAAUCAAUCCAAACUUCGAGUGGAUAAUUACAUUCAUUUGCAAGAUGCCAUAAAUAGUAAUAUUGAUGUAAAUCCAAAUGAAUUAGGACGUGCUAUAAUACUACCAGCAACAUUCACCGGUAGUCCACGCCAUAUGCAGGAAUAUACGCAAGAUGCUAUGGCAUAUGUGCGAUCUUAUGGUAGACCUGAUCUAUUCAUUACGUUUACAUGUAAUCCAAAGUGGGAGGAAAUCACUAGCGAAUUAUCUUGCGGGCAAACAUCAGCACAUCGACACGAUAUAACAGCACGUGUCUUCAAGCAAAAAUUAAAAUCUUUAAUGGACUUCAUUGUAAAGAUGCAUAUUUUUGGAGAAACACGAUGUUGGAUGUACUCAGUCGAAUGGCAAAAGCGCGGUUUGCCGCACGCCCACAUUUUAAUAUGGUUAGUUGAAAAAAUUACACCUAAUCUCAUUGAUAGUGUAAUUUCAGCUGAGAUACCUGAUCCCAACAAUGAUCCUCAAUUGCAUGAUAUUGUAAUAAAAAAUAUGGUUCAUGGUCCGUGUGGAACCAUUAAUCCAAAUUCUCCAUGCAUGGUGGAUGGAAAGUGCACUAAGAAGUAUCCACGGCAGUUGCUUAAAGAAACUAUAUCGGGUAUUGAUGGCUAUCCGCUUUAUCGGCGACGAUCAGUGGAAGAUGGUGGUAAAAGAACUACAGUGAAGGCCCGCAACAUCGACGUUGAUAUUGAUAACCGCUGGAUAGUACCAAAUGAUUCGUUUGCCAAAACUUUGCUUUAUGCUGAAGUCCCAACAUACUUUACUUGGAACGCAUCAUCAAAAAAAUUCCAACGCCGUAAGCAAGGAAAAGCAGUUGAAGGAUGGGAAAAUCUUUAUUCCACAGAUGCUAUGGGUAGGAUAUAUACGGUUCAUCCUCAGAAUGCAGAAUGCUUCUAUUUAAGAAUGCUUCUAAUAAACGUUCGUGGACCAACAUCAUUUGAAAAUUUGCGCACAGUGGAUGGCCAAAUAUGUGCAACGUAUCGUGAGGCGUGUCAAAAAUUGCAAUUGCUGGAAAACGAUGAUCAUUGGGAAACGACACUUGCGGAAGCUUCGGCAACAAGGCAUCCACGCCAAUUAAGAGCAUUGUUUGCAAUUAUAUUGGUUACUUGCUCACCAUCUAAUCCGAAACUACUUUGGGAUAAAUUCAAGGAGGAUAUGGCGGAAAAUAUAUUGCAUCAACAUAGAGCAGAUAAUAAUGAUCCAGCACUAGAAUUUUCGGAUACAAUUUUUAAUGAAUGCUUAAUUUUACUAGAAGACAGAUGUAUGGAAAUUAAAAAUAAACAUCACAUUGAAGUUGGAAUGGUCGCCCCAAUUCGUCCUAUUAGUGAUCCAUAUGAAAGAGAUUUACUUCGAGAAACCGAUUACCAUCCACAAGAAUUGGAAAUUUACCUGGGAGAAAAUUUGCCAAAGUUGCAACUUGAACAAAAAAAUAUCUACGAUUAUGUAAUGGAUGCUAUAAUAAACCAAACCGGUGGUUUACAUUUCAUAGAUGCACCCGGUGGAACAGGAAAAACAUUUCUAAUUUCACUAAUCUUAGCCAGCGUCCGGUCUCAAGGUAAUAUUGCGUUAGCUAUUGCAUCUUCAGGAAUUGCCGCAACGCUUUUGGAUGGUGGCAGAACAGCACACUCUGCACUGAAAUUACCAUUAAAAUGGCAAUUUUCUGAGGAUUACACAUGCAACAUCAGAAAGAACUCAUCAAUGGGUAAAGUUUUACAAACGUGCAAAAUCAUAGUAUGGGAUGAAUGUACCAUGGCACAUAAAAAAUCUUUAGAAGCCCUUAACCGCACUUUACAGGAUUUGCGGAACAACACCAAUUUAUUUGGAGGUGCUUUUAUUCUACUAGCUGGAGAUUUUCGUCAAACUCUACCUGUCAUUCCGGGUUCAACACCAGCAGAUGAGCUGAAUGCAUGUUUAAAAUCUUCUUUCCUUUGGAGUCAUGUUAAAACGCUUAAAUUAACUACAAAUAUGCGUGUAGCUCUUGAAAACAAUACACCAGCUUUACAAUUUUCUAAUCAAUUGCUAGAUUUAGGAAAUGGAAAAAUGCCAGUCAAUCCAGCAACAAAUUGCAUUACAUUUCCACCCGACUUUUGUAAAAUGACACAAUCUAUUGAAGAUCUGAUUAUUUCCAUAUUUCCAAAUAUUGACCGCAAUUUCAAAAAUACGCAAUGGUUAUGUGAACGUGCAUUAUUGGCUGCUAAAAAUGUUGACGUUAACUAUAUAAACAACAUUAUCCUGAAUAGAAUCGGUGGAAGUAUAAAAACAUAUAAUUCCAUCGAUACCGUAAUGGAGGAAAUGAUGUCGUCAAUUAUCCGAUUGAAUUCCUAA